CCCAGCUACCUCUUAUUUCUGCCUUUACACAAACACUAUAUCCAGUCGCAACAUGGAAGACUUAUCAACUGGCUCUGAAAGCGAUUACGCUGACUCGUGGAUCUCCUGGUUUCUGUCUUCUAAGGGCAAUGAAUACUUUUGCGAGGUCGACGAAGACUACAUCCUUGAUAGAUUUAACCUCACUGGUCUUAACGCGGAAGUUGUACAAGAGUAUUCACGUGCUCUAAGCUUGAUCACGGAUAACCUGAAUGAAGACGAUUUGGACGACGAUACGAGAGAGGGUAUUGAGACCUCCGCCAGAUUUCUGUACGGCUUGAUCCACGCUCGAUUUAUUGUAACCACGAGAGGCCUCGCGAAAAUGCUGGAGAAAUAUCGCAAAGCCGAUUUCGGUCGCUGCCCCAGGGUUUAUUGCUAUUCUCAACCUUUGCUUCCAGUCGGACUAUCCGAUAUCCCUUAUCAAAAGGCCGUCAAGCUUUACUGUCCCCGAUGUGAAGACAUCUAUUCUCCCAAGUCUAACCGCCACGGAUCUAUCGACGGAUCUUACUUCGGGACCACAUUCCCUCACAUGCUUUUCAUGGUGUAUCCACAAAUGAUUCCAGGGAAGGGUCAACCGGUGGGGUCGAGCGUGGCAGAUGUCAACAGAAGCUUGGUGUCAGCUGGGCAAAGCAGGGAAGGGGGUGCAGGGAUCAGUACUUCAGCAAUGGCGCUGAAGGCGGAAAUGUUUGAGCCAAAAAUAUUUGGAUUUAAGGUCAACGAGGACGCUAAACUUGCUCGAUGGAGAACAGCCAGGCGGGAUACUCAAAUCUCUCGACUUGAAGCGCAGGAACAUGAACAAGAACAGGAGAAGGAGAAGAAGUCAUCUGUGUAAUCAAUCGUAUUAUGUUGUAUCACCUCCGACACUCUCUUUGUGCCAUACUGCAUCGCCAUAUCUUUGCUGCUGGCAAGUGAGGAAGCGGGUUCGCUUUCUCCCCUCGGCCGCCUAUUUAUGUUUCUGUAGGCAUCCCCGAUGUUUGUCUCGCUGAUGCAUGUUUUUGGCUGGUCU